AUGCUGCGGAAGCAAGCGCUGAACAACCUCACCUUUACAGUGCCGAAGAAUCGAAAGCCCAAGUUCGAUCUUACCCUCCGCAUCAUCGACCUGACCAACAUCCCUCUCAUCUACGGAACUGCCGACGUCCGAUGGCACAUCGCGUCCUCUAGUGCCGCAGAACAUCGUGGCCGCACGGAUAAGGCCUCCAUCGUUGAGCACAAGGCAACAUGGGACUACACCAAGGAAUUCUCGGUUCGCCUCACCGUCGACAAAAGUGGCAUGCUACAAGAACGAAGCCUACAUUUUGAGGUCUUGCAAGAGUUCAGUCAAGGCGGAAGAGGAAGUCGAGUCCAUCUGGGAAACGUGAAACUCAACCUUGCCGAGUAUGCUCACCCGCCCGACGAAGUCGGCGAUCGCGAUCUGCAAGAGGAGGGCGAUGAUGGAGCCAUCACGAGGAGGUACCUACUACAAGACAGCAAGGUCAACAGCACUUUGAAGAUUGGGAUUAAAAUGAAACAGACCGAGGGCGAUACCAAUUUCAUCGCGCCUCCGCUCAGGUCCGCCAUGGUGAUCGGAGGGAUUGCAGGAGUCUUAUCCGCAGAGGUGGGACAAGGAGAUGACAUCCCCAGCAUCAACAGUAAAACUCGAGAACUGUCCGAGGCCCAGGAUUUCUACCGACGGACAUUGGCCGCCAGCUGGGCUUGUCAAGGAGGAGAGCUUCCUCCUGACAAGCUAGUCGAAGAUAUCUUUGCAGGAGGAGACGGAGGUCAAGUCCCUGCGAUCCCCAAGUCGAAUCAGCACUCCAGAUCCAAUCCGAGAGAAGCGAGCAUGCUCAGCAGCUCCAGCGACGAGACCACCAGGCCGACCACUCCGGGCCAGCAGGUGACCCCGCAACCGGCAACCCGUGGUCAUCGAAGAGGGAGGAGUAUGGAAUCACCGCAGGUCCAACCGAACCAGAUGAACACGGUCAGUGGACGGUCAAGCAUAGAUCAGCAGGUGCACGCCAGCCAGCAGGAACACCGACGGCGGAAUCGCCCGGAGUUCCAUGAGCGCACCGAGUUUGAGCUGAGGGAUGAUCUACGCAGUUGGCAGGUCCAGGUAAAUUAA